CCCAUCCCUGAGCUGUGCUUUCAAAACUCUGUGUACUUCCAACAUAAUGUGCUUAACAACACUUUAGCCCAAGGCCGAGUAUCCCUAUAAGGCCCACAAUUAAAAUAACACCAAUAAUGUCGCUUCCAAUCUUAAGCUCCAGGCGAUGCAUUUUACUGUUGAUGCUCGUAAUGGCAGCGGCGCCAAUGCGCCAGGCGCCCAUCGAAGCGGAGGCGGAGGACGCGCUGGCGACCUGGAACUGGCCGGCGGGCACAUCGAAAAACUCUUACGGCGAUUUUCUUGACAACGGAAGCCCUUUGCCAAAAAUUGAGGCUGUGGAAAUGGCGCCCGAAUUCGACGAUGCCUUGGUGAAGGCUUUUAAUUUCCCACUGCUUCCGAUGAGCUUGAACAAGGGUUGGCGUCUUGGGCAUCAACGCUACGAUAAGUAUUUAAAGGAGCUGCAGUUGCAUCGGACAUGGUUGGACGACCUGCAAUCUCCGGCUGAUGACUCCACAGCGAGACAGACAAGUGGCACUCAGCUUUGGCCACCCAGCGAGGACGAGCUGCAGCAACCAGGCUCCGUCUACUCCCGCACCAGACAGAAGCAACAACGUAAACAUAAACGUGAACCGUCCGAGCAGAAGGGUCCACGGUACAGGCCCUCCAUCAGUGCUGGAGUCAUGACCAAUCUGGGCGACUUCUUCAACCAGCUGAAGGCGAACGUGCACUUUGCGGAGCAUUCACAGCAGCUGGGCGAGGCGGAAUCUCAGCUGCUCGAGGGCGUGCAUCCGCAUCCGCUGCAGAAGGACGACGACGACGACGACAAGGAAGAGCAUGACGAUUAUGAUUCCGGCCAGCCGCCUGAUCGUAAGACAUCCAAGCUGCUGCAAUCCGUACGCAGCUAUCGACCCUCGCAGAAGGUACGCUCGCUGGUAUCACGCAAUCCCAAUGGAUAUCGUGGCUCCCAGUUCAUUGAUCCCAGCUACAUGUGGCUGGGCCUGGGCAAAUGACCAUAAGCUGCCGCAUCCACAGGUUACAACGAUUGAGAUCCAUUUCCAGCUUGCCCGCUUCCCAACUUUUCAAAUUCUUAUCUGUGUGUACAUAUACAUAUAUAUAUAUAUA